UGUUGGCUAUAUAGAUCUACCCUAAUACAUACCUGUAUAUCUAAUGGCCUAACACAAUCUUAUUUCCUUUCAUAUCUUCAGAGACUUCUGCAGGAUAUGACCCUAGAUGAUCACAGACGCCUCACAGCUGGAAUGUUGGAGAGGCAGCCGGGACUGAUCUUUGACCUAUUGUUUACGCAUCAGCAAAGACAUGGUGCCUAUACAUCUGCGGAGGUACCAGGACUACCUUGGUGUACCUGUAGCCACUGCAGAGACAUGCCAACUGACAGGGAGCGGAAAUGCUGUGGACAAGACCCAGUCCACUGUGUGAGCCUCCUGCCACAUUUCACGCAAUACUGCUUGGAUGAGGGUUAUCUGCGGAUACAUAGGCAAUACAGGGAGGACCUCACAGCGUUUGGAAAUGUUAGGGAGCCCGGUGAUGACAACAGGGAAUACAGACAUGCAGCUUACAGACACUUUAUUUUCUGGCAGCAUGGUGCAUUAGGACAGGGGAACAGGAGAGUGAUUCCCAGCUGCUGUGUUUCCAGAAUUAGGGAAAAAUUCCCAGACCCUCAUGGACAAUACACCGGCUACAUUCCAGGGAUCUAAAAGAUUGCCAUUAGAAUUUUUGUAAAUAGUUAUUUUUAUAUAUAUUUUGUAUUCACUUCUACCUUUGUGUUCACUUCUAAG